AUGGCCCAAUCCCAUUGCACUUCUUGUGAUCAUGGUGUCCGCAACUUUUACACCUCCGCUUCCUCGUCUGACUCCGAUGAUGCCUUGAACAACGGACAAGCCGCAACUGUUGUUCAGUGCGAUACACCUGCGGAUUUGUGCAUCUGCGAGAGCGACGGAACUUGUUGCCCGGCUUCCGCCACGCCUCCUCAGCAGGUCCAGCUGACACCGUAUUGUGAGAAUGGAGGUGGGUGGCUGUUUAUUGUUAGGGAUUAGUCAUCGUUUUAUGUAUGGCCAUCAUACCAGAAAAUACGCUGAGAAAAAUAAUUACAUAGGGGAAAUCUUGUGCAAAAAAUGUUCAUAAAGCUUGGCCUGUCUAUAACUGACGAUUUCAGAAAUUCCAAUGGUAAAUUUAGAACAAUACACACCGCUAGGCAAAAAAAUCUAUCAAUAAUGACUAAAAAAAUUUUUGUCUUCUGUGAUUCGUUGUACAAAAAAAUUGUUGAACAUAGAGAUCUUGUAACAACAAAAACGACACUUUUUUUAGCUUGCUUUAUGUACGCUUCACUCGGAGGAGAUGACACAGCCGCCGUGGUGUGCGCCGGCACAACAGUCACCGUGGCGAGUCAAACAUCUCUGAAUGUGAACGAUGGAACUCAUUUGAAAGCGGAUGCGGUCAGUUGUAACGGAUGUGAUAGCAUAAGAAAUGACAAAUGUCUAAGUCCAGUGAUCGAUGGAGGGGCUCCGUUCUAG